CAACUCCUACUAUAAUUUUCUUUCAAUCUUGUUUUUUGUUAUUGUUUUUCUUUCUCAAACAUCAUAAAAAAAAAUUAAAAAAAAAAGAUUGAAUUUUUUGAAAUAGCAUGAUGUUUCCAAUGGUUCUUCUAAGGCUUGUAGAUUUGGUUUUAUACCAAUUGCUUGCUAAUUCAUAUUAUAGAGCUGCAAGAAAAAUGAAAAGUUAUGGUUUUUAUUUAGGAUAUCAUUCAUCUAAACCACCCCAUCAAGCUUCUUUUUUUCCUAGUAUAACAAAAUGUGAUUUAGAGGGUAGAGGGUCACAAACACUUGUUUGUGACAUUCAUAGAGUCCUCUUAAGGUCACAUUCAUUUUUCCCUUUUUUCAUGCUUGUUGCUUUUGAAGGUGGCAGCAUUUUUAGAGCUUUUUUCUUGCUUAUGUCUUGUCCUUUACUCUUGAUUUUGGAUCAUGAGUUGAAGAUAAAGGUGAUGACUUUUAUCACCUUCUGUGGUUUAAGAAUUAAGGACAUGGAAAGUGUUUCAAGGGCUGUUUUACCUAAGUUUUAUUUGGAGAAUCUUAAUCUACAAGCUUAUGAGGCUUUUGCUUCAGCAGGGUCUAGAGUUGUUAUCACAAGUGUGCCUAGAGUUAUGGUUGAAGGUUUUUUGAAAGAGUAUUUGAGUGUUGGUGAUGUUAUAGGCACAGAGUUGCACACUGUUGGAAGAUACUUCAGUGGUUUUGUUAAUGGUUCUGGCUUAGUUGUGAAACAUAGAGCACUCAAAGAUUAUUUUGGUGAUAGAAAACCUGAUAUUGGCAUUGGAAGCUCAACUUUGCAUGACCAUCUUUUCAUUUCCCCUUGCAAGGAAGCUUAUGUAGUAAACAAUGAAGAAUUCAAGAAUAAUCCAAAGUCAGAGAUGCCAAGGGAAAAAUAUCCAAAACCAUUAAUAUUUCAUGAUGGAAGAUUAGCAUUUUUGCCAACACCUUCAUCAACACUCUUUAUGUUCAUAUGGUUACCAAUUGGAAUCAUUUUAGCAAUUUAUAGAAUCCUUAUUGGUAUUUUGCUUCCUUACAAAUGGGCUUUGGCAUUAGGAAUAUGGAGUGGUCUAGACAUAAAAAUGAAAGGCAAUGUCCCUAAAAAAACAGAACAAGAAAAAGGUGUUCUGUUUGUUUGCACACAUAGGACACUAUUAGAUCCUGUUUUCCUAAGCACAUCAUUAUUCAAGCCAUUAAUAGCAGUAACUUAUAGUUUAAGCAAAGUUUCUGAGUUAAUAGCACCAAUUAAAACAGUGAGAUUAACAAGGGACAGAAAUAAAGAUGGUGAAACAAUGCAAAAGCUAUUAAGGGAAGGUGACUUAGUGGUGUGUCCUGAAGGAACAACUUGUAGGGAACCUUAUUUGUUAAGGUUUAGUUCAUUAUUUGCUGAGUUGGCAGAUGAGAUAGUGCCUGUGGCAAUGAAUACAAAGGUUAGCAUGUUUUAUGGGACAACAGCAAGUGGUUUGAAAUGUUUAGACCCUUUCUUUUUCUUGAUGAAUCCUAAGCCUAGUUAUCAUAUACAAAUACUUGGGAAGGUACCUAAAGAACUUACAUGCAGUGAAGGGAAGUCAAGUUGUGAAGUUGCAAAUUAUAUACAACAAAAAUUGGGUGAUGCUUUGGGAUUUGAGUGUACUAACUUUACUAGAAAGGAUAAGUAUAUGAUGCUAGCAGGGAAUGAAGGAAUUGUUCAACAAAGUUAAUUGGAAGAAAAAAUGUUAAGUUUAAGUUAGAUGCUAAUAGUUUGAAAUUAGUUUUUUUUUUUUUUUUUUUUUUUUUUAUAUUCUAUUUUGUUAUUUGAAUUAAUUUGUUAUAUGGAGGAUAUGACAUGUAUGAAUUGUGAUAUGAAGGGAACAAGAGGGUUUUGCAUAUUCAUCUAUAUU